AUUCUGUCUUUACAGCCCAGAGUAAGGUGUAAGUAGUAAGGCGUAAGUAGUAAGGCAUAAGUAGUAAGGUGUAAGUUCAAGGAUGUCUCUCAUGGAAGGUCUUCUCCACCAGGCUCCCAGCAGCACGGUAACACUCCUGGGGGCUGGGCUGUUUCUACUGGUCCUCUACCUCCUCUCCUCUGGUUCCAGUUCUGAGCCACAGGGGAAGGAGCCUCCAGGACCCAGACCACUACCCCUGCUUGGUAACCUGCUACAGUUGGAUUUUAAGAGGCUUUACCACUCUCUCUUUGAGAUGUCCAAGAAAUAUGGCUCGGUGUUCACAGUUCAUAUUGGUGCCAAAAAGGUGGUGGUUCUUGCAGGAUACAAGGCAGUCAAGGAAGCACUGGUCAACCAUGCGGAGGAGUUUGGGGAACGGGGGAUCCCUCUUAUAAUCACUGAUAUCCAAAAGGGACACGGUAUUUUAUUUGCCAACGGAGAUUCAUGGAAAGAGAUGAGACGUUUCGCCCUGACAAACCUUCGAGACUUUGGCAUGGGCAAAAAAGCGAGCGAGGAGAAGAUAAUUGAGGAAGCUCGCUACCUGAUAGAAGUGUUUGAAGAACACAAGGGUAAAGCAUUUGACACAACCCAGUCAAUGCAUUAUGCCAUCUCAAACAUCAUCUGCAGUAUUGUCUAUGGCAGCAGGUUUGAAUACACUGAUCCUCGGUUUAGGCGCUCAGUCGAUCGAGUCAAUGAGUCAGUCCGACUUCUAGGCAGUUUUUCAAUACAGUUGUACAACAUGUUCCCAUGGCUGGGCCCAUUUCUGAAGUCCAAGAGUGACAUCAUAAAACAUAGUGACAGCAACAUGAUGGAAAUUCGUGACCUGGUGAGGGAGUUGAAGGAGACUCUCAACCCUCAGAUGUGUAGAGGCUUCAUUGACUCAUUCCUGGUCCGAAAACAGACCUUGGAGGAAUCAAGCAACAUGAAGUCUGAUUACCACAAUGAGAAUCUGGUACAAACGGUGGGCAACCUAUUUAGUGCCGGGACCGACACCACGGCAACAACCAUGCGCUGGGGUCUGAUGCUGAUGGCCAAGUACCCCCAAAUACAAGACCGGGUCCAAGAGGAGAUGAGCAGGGUUAUAGGAAGUCGUCAGCCCUUGGUAGAAGACAGGAAGAACCUGCCCUACACUGAUGCAGUGAUCCAUGAGAUCCAGAGGGUGGCCAACAUUGUACCCAUGGCCGUUCCUCACGUCACCAGCCGAGACAUCACCUUCCAGGGAUACUUCAUCAAAAAGGGGACAGAGGUGUUUCCUCUGCUGACGUCUGUCCUCCAGGACGAGAGCGAAUGGGAGACUCCUCACGCCUUUAACCCCGCCCACUUCCUCAAUGAGAAAGGUCAAUUUGUCAAGAGAGAUGCCUUCAUGCCCUUCUCUGCGGGUCGUAGGGUGUGUCUGGGGGAGAGUCUGGCCAGGAUGGAGCUCUUCCUGUUCUUCACCUCCCUCCUACAGCACUUUCGUUUCUCUCCUCCUCCCGGGGUCAAAGAGGAGGAUCUGGACCUCACACCAGUCGUGGGAUUCACACUCACACCUGCACCACACCAGUUGUGUGCUGUGAGCCGAGUCUGAGUUGAAAGUCUGUGUCAAAACAUUGAUUACACACUAGACUCUCAACUUUAGACUAAUAUAGGACUGUGCCGACAGUCCUUGUUGCUGAUCAUGGACAAACCAAAUGUCAUUGGUUGUGUGCACAAUACAGAAGAUGUGCAGCAGUAGUGCCUCUUGCAAAUGCAGUCAUCUAAUACACUAUGCCACUGCCCAAAUUAUGCCCAUUGUCUAGAUGUCUGCAGAUGCUAUUUACAGUAAACUGAACUGUUUUAGAAGUGUGUACAUCAACUGUAAAUUAUUGUAAAUGAAUACAUGGUAUACUUACAUAUCCUCAUAUGUUCACUGUUUGGUGUAUUGUACAUGAUUACAUUUUUAAGUUUUUCUGUAGUUUUUAAAUUUCUUUCUGUAUUUUGUCACUAUAUGUGUCUAACACUUGCAGCACAUUAAAAUUCAAAAGAUCUUUAAAAAUUC